AUACAUAAACACAAUAUAAUCAUCAAAAGCAUGCAGCAACCAUGGAUUAUUUUCUUGAUCAUAUGGUUAAACCUUUAUUUAGGAGUAAGUGGAGCUGUAGAGUGUAAAUAUGAAAGUGAAGAGUCAAAAACUAUUAAGUACACAAUUACUGUUGGAAGAUCUGGAAAAGAACAGCUCAAAACAAUUCAAGGAGCUAUUGAUUCAAUUCUUCCCAACAAAGAUUAUUGGACUAGAAUCCAUGUGAGUCCUGGUCUUUACAUGGAGAAGGUGAUUAUUCCACCGGAGAAAACUUGUAUUUAUCUUGAAGGAUCUGGACGUCAUGAUACAAUAGUAUAUUAUAAUGGACAUGAACAAACAAAUACGAGUGCUACUUUCUUCUCUUAUGCAGAAAAUAUUGCUGUAAAGGGUUUUACGUUUCAGAAUUCUUAUAAUCGUCCAUUAACGGGAAAGAUUGAUGGCGAGAUAAAGCAAGCAGUAGCAGUAGCAAUUUUUGGCGACAAAACUUCCUUUUAUGGUUGUCGUUUUGUGGGUUUGCAAGAUACUCUUUGGGAUGCACAAGGCCGCCAUUAUUUCCGCAGUUGCUAUAUUGAAGGUGCUAUUGACUUUAUAUUUGGAAACGGCCAAUCAAUUUAUGAGAAUUGCAAAAUCAAUGCUACUGCUGGGAGCCUACCCCCAUAUAUUCAAGCAGGUUAUAUAACAGCACAGGGCAGACUUUCUCCAACAGAUCCAAGUGGUUUCGUGUUUAGAGGAGGCAUUGUUUCUGGGAGUGGUAAAAACUACUUAGGCAGAGCUUAUGGUCCUUAUUCAAGAGUAAUAUUUGAUGGAACAACAUUUGCUGCAGUUAUUUUUCCUCCUGGAUGGAAUGCUUGGUAUUACCCAGAACAACAAGGUAAUUUUGUGCAUGCUGAGGUCUACUGUAAAGGACCUGGAUCAAACACUUCUGGAAGAGUUCCAUGGGUGAAGAAGCAGCUUGGCCAGAGAGAAAUGAGCAAGUUUUCCAGGUCUUUGUUUAUCGACCACGAUGGUUGGCUUGCAAAACAACCGGCUUGGCGCCAUCCACAUACCAACCAGCCAUAAUUUAUUUGAACAUAUCAUCCAUUGAUUUAUCAUUAAUGAUGAAU